GCUUCCACUUCAAGCAAAUCCAACUGUGGGCAAAGCACACAUCUGGCUUUCAGUACCAUGACUUCUCAUCAUUGCAGUUCUCUCCUCAGUAAACAGGUUUCAGAGGCCAAGGCUGCAUCCCUGCGCUUGUCAGCCACCGUGGCACAUGCCAACCGACCGCGUGUGGGGGCAACCCCUCUGGGCCAACCCAGCCUCUGUAUGCCCCACAGCUGCCACACUGCUUGCCGCUUGCCAGGGACCCGCAGCAUUCCUGGAAACAUUGGAGUCUGUGAGAACUAUGGGGAAGGCGCUCCCAAUGGCCACGAGAAGGUGACCAUGCAGUUCCUGAAUGAUCGCCUGGCCAACUACCUGGAGAAGGUGCGCCAGCUGGAGAGGGACAAUGAAGAGCUAGAGACCACUAUCCGAGAGGCAAGCAAAUGCCACGAGUCUAGCAUGUGUCCAGACUACCAGUCCUACUUUCAGACCAUCGAGGAGCUCCAGCAGAAGAUUCUGUGCAUCAAAUCUGAGAACAACAGGCUGGUUGUGCAAAUAGACAAUGCCAAGCUGGCUGCAGAUGACUUCAGGACCAAGUACCAGACAGAGCACUCGCUCUGCCAGCUGGGGGAAGCUGACAUUUGCGGCCUGCGCAGGAUGUUGGAUGACCUCACACUUGCCAAGUGUGACCUGGAGGCCCAGCUGGAGUCCCUUAAGGAGGAGCUGCUCUGCCUUAAGAAGAACCAUGAGCAGGAAGUCCACACCCUAAAGUGCCAGCUGGGGGACAAGCUCCAGAUUAAGCUGGAUGUCGAGCCCACCGUGGACCUGGGCAGGGUGCUGGAGGACAUGAGGUGCCACUAUGAGGCCAUGGUGCAGACCAGCCGCAAUGAUGUGGAGGAGUGGUUCCAAGAUCAGUCUGAGAGCAUCAGCCAGCAGGACAUGUCCUGCUCCGAGGAGCUGCGGUGCUGCCAGUCGGAGAUCCUGGAGCUGAGACGCACGGUGAACGCCCUGGAGGUGGAGCUUCAGGCCCAGCACACGCUGAAAGACUGUCUGCAGAACUCUCUGUGUGAAGCCGAUGCCCGUUUUGGCACGGAGCUGGCCCAGAUGCAGAUCCUGAUCAGCAACGUGGAGGAGCAGCUGUCUGAGAUCCGGGGUGACCUGGAGCGGCAGAACCAGGAGUACCAGGUGCUGCUGGACGUUAAGGCUCGGUUGGAGUGUGAGAUCAACACAUACCGGAAACUUCUGGAGAGCGAGGACUGCAAGCUCCCUUGCAACCCAUGUGCAACCCCAGCAGCCAGCACCCUCUGUCCAGCCCCUGCAGCCUGUACCCCCUGCUCUCCCUGCCGUUCUGGGCCCCCUCGGGCCUCCUGUGGUACCUGUUCAUCAUCUCGAUGCUGACACACUCCUUAGCCUGAGGAAUCAGGAAAUGGGAACCAUCUGCAGCCUGGCUGGCUCCACUCUGCAGGCCUGCCACCCCAGGCCUUGCUCCCCCAGCCAGCUGUACAGGAGACUGAUACCAGGCAGUGCUUCUCUGCUGUUGGGCUUUCCAGUCUGGCAGCUCAGCCCUGGCCCCUGGAUUUGGGCUUCCUCUCCUUAAGGUGUCUUGGAUGCUCCUUUUGCUUCCUUCUGUUGCCUCACAGUCUGAGCUGUGGUAGAUAUCUUUGUUUUUAUUUUGCUAAUAAACUUCACUUUGGCAGCAUGAA